AUGUCCGGCCAACUUGACUUUUCAAGAUUCCACAGCAACAACGCUGAUGAACGAGACCAGUUCUGUCGUGAACUGAUCGCUGGGUUCAGCAAGUCAGGCUGGGUCCGCCUGAUCAAUCAUGAUGUGCCUACAGCAAGCAUCGAUCGCGCAUUUGAAAUGAGCCAUGGCUUCUACAAUCUCCCGUUGGAGGACAAGCUGAAGUCGCCUCAUCCUCCCACAGCCCAUCCGCACCGUGGGUUCAGCCCCGUGGGCAUGGAAAACGUAUCAACCGUGUCCAAUUAUCGCUCGUCAGUUGCUCAACCACUACUCAAGGAUAUGAAGGAGUCUUACGAUAUUGGAUCAGAGCGAGACCCGCUGUACUCCAACAUUUGGCCCCCAGCAGGAGUACACGAUGGUUUUCAGACAGCCAUGACCUCGUUUUUCACCGCCUGUUACAAUGCCGAGUUAACCAUUUUAGAUGCUAUCUCCAUUGGUCUAGGGCUACCCAUUCACUCGCUACGAGACCUACACAAAGCGCAAACCAACGAGCUGCGUCUCACCCACUAUCCCGCAGUGGAUCGGGCUGAUUUUGCCAAUGCCACUCGUAUCGCGGCACACACAGACUUUGGCACCAUCACCCUCCUCUUCCAAGACAAUGUUGGAGGUCUAGAGAUGGAAUCUCCUCCCGGCAGCGGGGUAUUCAUCCCUGCUGACAGCGCCGGCCCCCACGAGUGUAUUGUCAACGUUGGGGAUUGCCUCCAAAUGUGGACAGGGCUGCAUAGUGCUCGCCACCGGGUUCAUUUGGUGCAGGGUGAGAACCAGGGAAGUCUGGUUCCUGAAAGAUACUCCAUUGCGUAUUUUGCCAAGCCUGACCGUGCGGCACUACUGCGCCCGCUGCUUGACUCGGUAGUGGGGGAGAGUAAGCCGGUGCAGAAGUUCUUGACAGCGAAUGAGUUUCAGCAUAUGCGCAUUGCCGGGACUUACGCAUAG